AUUUCAGAGCGCCCAAGCCAUGGUGGCCAAACAGCGGAUCCGGAUGGCUAACGAGAAACACAGCAAAAACAUCACCCAGAGGGGGAACGUAGCCAAAACCCUGAGGCCGCAAGAGGAGAAAUAUCCUGUGGGACCAUGGCUGUUGGCACUGUUUGUUUUUGUUGUCUGUGGCUCAGCUAUCUUUCAGAUCAUUCAGAGCAUAAGGAUGGGUAUGUGAGAAGGCCAGGGAUUUGACACCACCUCCCUCCCACUGGAGGGGGGAGGACAACGGAAGCGGUCAGCCAGUUUCUGCGGGAAACAAGCAGGCCACACGGAAUAGAAAAAAACGCUCCCCCACUUGUUCCCUGAUCACUUCAUUGUGGAUGUCAGACCAAAUUGCCUUCUCACAGGACAUCUUGGUGCAUCUGUGUUCUCAAGCGGAAAGGACAUUUUGCUUUUCUGUUGGCAGGAUUAGUAGCCACGCGGGUCGUCCGCAGCAGUGCUGUCUUUUUGGUUUUUCCCUUGGUUUCACUAAUGCGUGCAUGUGACCCUCUGAAUGAUCACUGGUUUACUUUCUAUGGAUACAAUCUCUCCUCCAUUGAGAAGUGGUUUUACAAAUAAAUGUCUUCGUUCAACCUUA